UUAUUUGUUGUCACUACUCACCACGCAGCACAUGACAACACUUAUCCAAUAUGUAUAUAAAAGACGAUCGAAUUAUAAUCCCCAGUCACAGAACAAUACUGAUGCACACAGUCUUGACUCGUCUUGUCAACUGACGAGUUCGAUUUUUGAGUACCGCAGCCGACGAUAACAAACCGUCACCGUCAUCUUCUGCGUAAAAAAAAAAUCGCGAGCGAUUCUCAAUUCCCACGUCGCAACAGUUCGCGAUAUCGCUACCGUUUUCAAACCAAAACACGUUUGAUAACCUUCGACGCGGAUUUUAGUUAGAACGCGCGCCUCCGGAGUCCGAUACGAUGCAGUUGUUGUUGUUGAUCAGUGUGAUAUCCUUGGUGAGGAUUUCGGUGGCAGUUCCGGCGGCACGAAACGGAAGCUGUAAUUGUGUCUGUGGAGUCAACGGUCGAUCGAACCGCAUCGUCGGCGGGGAGGAAACCAGCGCACAUGAAUAUCCCUGGUUGGCAGGGCUCUUCCGUCAAGGAAAGCUGUACUGCGGAGCAUCUGUGCUGACAAAGAACUAUUUGGUCACGGCAGCGCACUGUGUUAACUCCUUCGAACCAAAUGAAAUCAGGGUUUACCUGGGUGGACAUAAUAUUGCCAAGGACUACACAGAGUUGCGUCGAGUGAAGCGAAUCGUCGAUCACGAAGAUUUUGACAUUUUUACGUUCAACAAUGAUAUCGCCUUGCUGGAACUGGACAAACCGCUUCGCUAUGGACCCACGAUUCAACCUGCGUGCCUUCCGGAUGGAAGUGAACGUGACUUCACCGGAUCGCUGGGAAUUGUCGCCGGUUGGGGACGCAUUGAAGAAAGACGACCACCAUCGAAGACGCUACGAUCGGUUGUGGUACCGAUCUGGUCGCAGCAGCAAUGUCUAGAGGCCGGAUAUGGCAGCAAGAAGAUUUCCGAGAACAUGAUGUGCGCUGGCUAUCACGACGGAAAGAAGGACGCCUGUCAGGGUGACAGUGGCGGUCCAAUGCACAAGAUGGGAAAUGCUGGAAGUAUGGAGGUGAUCGGAGUAGUGUCAUGGGGAAGAGGUUGCGCCCGACCCAAUCUUCCCGGAAUCUACACCCGGAUCGUCAACUAUCUGCCAUGGAUUCACAGCAAGCUUAACGGAGAGUGUUUGUGCAUGCCGAGAGAUGUCGCAGCCAGAAGCGAGCAAUGACGAGGACUGUUUACGGAUUGAUCUCAAUGUGCACCACCGUGCACUGUGGAAUGUCCUGGGUUAUCAAAAUGAUCUUAGAAAGGAACCGCCAUGCAGGAUUAUUUAUUUAUUUAUUCUAGUCAGAAACGUUAGAUUAAGGAUACGCCAUUAGUUGUAAGAUGGAUAACUAAAAUUGGAGCUAGUUUCACUGCCAAAAAUCUUAAGUGUUAGUCUUGAUGUUCAAAAAUAAAUUGAAUAAAUCGCAAUCGAUGAUGUCGUAA